CAUUCUCACCUACAAUUUUUGCACGGCAGGACUGGAGUUUGCAAACCCUCACUUACACUUCACCAAGACUCUCUCUCUCCCUCUCUAUUUAUCAACAACUUCCCUUCCCUUCAUUCCCCUUUUACCUCUCUCUCUCUCUCUCUCUCCCUCUCUCUCUGCCAUUUUUCAUUUUCAUGGUGUUGCUGCCAUGGCCGUGGAGCUCAUGCUGGGUUACCGGAACGACACCACCUUCUCGGCCAAGAUGGAGGAGACCGCAGUGAAAGAGGCCGCCUCGGGCCUCGAGAGCGUCGGGAAGCUGAUCAAGCUCCUCUCUCACUCUCAGAUACAGCACCCGCCGGCGCAAGAAGCACCCCCGUUGGACCUAGAUCGAGACUGCCGAGCCGUCGCCGACGACGCCGUCUCCAAGUUCAAGAACGUCAUCUCCCUCCUCGGCCGCACCCGCACCGGCCACGCCCGGUUCCGGAGGGCCCCGGUCCAAUCGGCCCUGGACAAAUUGCCGGGCCAGCACCCCCACCAGCCCAAGAUUUACUACGCCACCCCGAUCCAGCAGAUCCCGCCGACGCCGGCGCCGGUGCCGGCGCUUCCUCUCGGCCACUAUGGCGGCUCGGCCGUGAUAUCGAAGAGCAACGGGGUGGUCGGCGAGAGGAGGGACUCGUCGACGACGAUCAGCUUCUCGGACGCUAGCUUCCCGUUUGGGUCGUCGUUGACCGCCGACAAUAUCAGCGGUAAUGUUAACUAUAACAAUGUGAACGAGCGUCAUGUUGUCGUGAAGCAGCAACAGUGCUCCUCCUCAUCGACUUUCCAGAUCACGAGCUCCUCCAUAAGCGGGAAGCCACCCCUGUCGUCGUCGUCGUCGCUGAAGAGGAAGUGCAGCUCCGAGACCUUGGGCUCCGGCAGGUGCGCAUCGUCCUCCGGGCGGUGUCAUUGCUCCAAGAAGAGCAGGAAAUUGAGACUGAAGAGGGUGGUGAGGGUCCCGGCGAUUAGCCUGAAGAUGGCCGAUAUUCCACCGGACGAGUACUCUUGGAGGAAGUACGGUCAGAAACCCAUCAAGGGCUCCCCUCAUCCAAGGGGAUACUACAAGUGCAGUAGCGUCAGAGGAUGCCCAGCGAGGAAGCACGUCGAGAGAGCGUCGGACGACCCGGCGAUGCUCAUCGUCACCUACGAGGGAGAGCACAACCACUCUCUCUCCGUGGUCGAUUCGACCAGCCUCAUCCUUGAGUCCUCUUGAGACCUCAUUCUUCCGUGGAAGGUAGCAUGCUGAUUCCAAGAAGCAUUCGAAACAACGGGCCCUAAUCAAGUCGAUUGGAGUGCAUUCUAAUAUAAAUAGUACAGCCGAUGUCCACCGUCUUUCUUGCCCACCCACGCCCGCUUGCAAGAUGGACAUGACCCCGUGAUAUUACUAUAAGGAGGAGAUGCGGUUUUUCGAAGAUGAAAUUAUCGCAUCUGAAUAGUGUUCCUUUAGGGGUUUGGUUUAGUGAAUCAUCUAAUCGAUCGAAAAGUUGAGUGGAAAAAAAUUGAGACCCAUGAAAAGAAAAAAAUGAUCAUAAUUUCUCGAAGGAGAGACUUGUGGGUUGGUUAGGUUAGUACAAUUAGUACAGAUCUUUCAAUUUCAUUGUACAAUGUCUGAACUAAAGUCAUUUCUCUUGAGCAAUGUGUAAGGACUGAUGAUGAUGAUGAUGAGCAUUUGAAAAAGAAGAUGGUGGAUCUGGUAAAACGUUUCCCAAAUGGCAAAUCAAAUCAAAGAAAGUGGGGUCGUUCUUUCUUUAUCAUCAUUCA